UCAGUAAUACCGAGCGUACAAAUGUAGUGGUUGUUGUAGCAACGGUUGUUAGCGUCAGCGUAGCAAACACGCGAAAAAUUUAAGUUAGCUUCUUUCGUAAACGAAGGAUAUUGUAACCAGAACUUCAUAUCACCGAGAUGUAAACCAAAUAUAGCUAUUGUUUGUGGAACCACAAGAGUUUAAACUAAUAAUUUACUUACUUAUUAAAUGUUAGCUACAAAUGUUAGCAAUGUGCUAAUGUAGCUUUACGGAAUUCCGCAGUGUUUAGUAACUUGAGCUUUGGCUUUCGGGCGCUAGUAAGUGUUUAUUGCUUCGCUGUUGUUCGUCUUUACUCGGUAGAAAUUGAAGCCAACAGUGCUAGUAUGUCGGCUGUCAGCAGUCUUGUCCCUGCCCGGUUUCUCACCCUCAUAGCUCACCUUGUCAUCGUUAUUACCAUCUUUUGGUCAAGGGAAUAUAAUGUGAAAGCUUGUUUACCUUUGGAUUUUACCCAAGAGCAGUAUGACACUGAGGACAAAAAGUUGGUGGUGGGGCUGGCAGUCACCCUCGGUCUGUUUGCAAUAGAGCUGACUGGUUUCUUUUCAGGAGUGUCCAUGUUUAACUCCAGCCAAAGUCUUCUUUCAACAGGAGUCCAUGCCAGUGGCUCAGUGGCUCUACUUUUCUUUCUAUUUGAGCAGUGGAAUUGUGACAUCUACUGGUGGAUCCUUGCCAUUUGCAGCGUCGUACCGGCCUUCGUGGAGAUCCUUCUGUUUAUAGCAGUUGUUGGACUGAAGAAGAAACCCUUAUAAAAAAAAAUUGUUUGUGACAUUGAAAAAGUAACAUUAGUGUGGGAAUAGACAAGUUUCAGUGUGAUAACAUUUGCAGUUGGCAGAUGAUAUAUAAUUGAUGUAAAGAAUAAUGGUCUGAUAAAAAUGAAUUGUACUCAUGUUAAAAAUCACUGCUCUUAGCAAAUUGUAGUAGAUUACAUUACAGGAGCUAUUUUUGUACAUAUUUUGUAUAUUUUGAAUAAAAUUGGAAACAGCUGCUUUCAA